AUGGUUGUCUUCAUGACAUUGCCACUACUGACAUCGACACUUCUGAGUUCCAUCGUCUCAGCACAAGUUGACAACAACCUGAGGGACUGCUUAAUCGAGGCCGCCAAUGGAGACAAGGGACGAGUAGCGUGGCACUCGAAGUUUGCCUUUGAUAUCUUGGAUGUCCACCGGUACAACCUACGCUACGACACAAACCCUGCUGCCGUUACAUAUCCUGAGAGUGCCGAGGAAGUUGGCGCAAUCGUCAAGUGUGCUGCGGCUGCCAAAGUCCCGGUCCAAGCCAGAAGCGGAGGCCAUUCAUUCGGAAACUAUGGGAUUGGAGGAGACGACGGCGCUGUUGUCGUCGAUACUAAACAUCUCAACCGGCUUGACUAUUUGGACUCCGACCAGACCGCACACAUUGGCCCUGGCAAUGGUCUCAAGGAUGUGAACGACUUCCUUCUCGAGCACGGCCGCUUUGCCUCUCACGGGGAUGCCCCUCAAGUAGGCGUGGGCGGUCAUUACACCAUCGGGGGACUGGGUCGCGUCUCGCGCCAAUUUGGAGCGGCAUGUGACAACAUUAUCGAUGCCGAAGUCGUGCUCGCAGACGGUUCCAUCAUCAAGGCCUCGAAGGACGAGAAUGAGGACAUGUUCUUCGCAAUCCGCGGCGCGGGCGCGUCCUUUGGCAUCGUGACUGACUUCCACAUCAAAACACAUCCCGCUCCAUCUUCCGCAAUCGCCUACACCUAUAACCUCACCCUCGGUUCAGCCUCCCUGCAAGCCGAUGCCUUCAAGGGCUGGCAAAAACUCAUCUCCGACCCGGAUCUCCCCCUCAAAAUCAGCACACAAUUCAUCGCCUUCCCCGGCUUCUCCGUCAUUACCGGCUUCUUCUACGGCACAGAAAAAGAGUUCAGCGCCAUCAACCUCGAAUCCGCUCUACCGGGCCUUGACUCCAACGCCAUCUCCAUCGAAGUCGUCGACGCCGCAGUGGCCGUCGCCCACGACGCCUCCGAACUGGGUCUUAAGCUCUUCGGCGACCUUCCCGCGCACUUCUACAGCAAAUCUCUCUCCUUCAACACCUCAACCUUGAUGAGCGACACCGCCAUCGACAACAUGUUCAAGUAUCUCUCCGAUCUCGAUCUCUCCACACUGGCGGUCCCCUACUUCGUCAUCUUCGAUCUCGAGGCCGGCGCCAUCAACGACGUGCCCGCAGACUCAGCCGCAUACGCCUUCCGCGACAGCCUGUACUUCCUGCAGAGCUACGCGGUCGACCUGCUCGGACUGUUUCCCGACCAAGCCACCAAGUUCCUGGAUGGCCUGAACGAAGUGGUGCUGGAGCACGACCCGAAUGUCUUUGGCAGCUAUCCAGGCUAUGUGGACCCGUAUCUGAAGGGUGCGAGGCAGUGGUACUGGCGCGGGAACUAUGAAAGGCUGCAGGAGAUCAAGGCGGAGCGCGACCCGAACGAAGUGUUCAAAAAUCCGCAGAGCGUACAGCCAAAGAAGUAG